AUGGCAAUAAUGGAUCUUGAUGAGUUGAAAGAUGAAUUCGAACAGCGCUUCAAUUGUUCUCCAAAAUAUAUUGUUCGUUGUCCAGGAAGAGUUAAUUUAAUUGGCGAACAUAUCGAUUACAGUGGUUAUGGUGUAUUACCAAUGGCAAUUAACGCUUCAACAUAUAUCUUAGCUUCAUUUCAUGAUGCUAAUGAAAUUGUGUUUCAAAAUAUCAAUACGGCAUUCAAAGCGCAUACAUACAAAUUUUCCGAUGAUUGGAUGGGUAGUGAGAAACCUGAAUGGUUUCAUUAUUUUUUAUGUGGUUGGAAAGGUAUAUUAAGGCGUUUGAAUGUGCCACCGAAAGGCAUGAAUGUAUUAGUUCAUGGUACCAUACCAACAGGUGCUGGUCUUUCUAGUUCCAGUUCUGUUGUAUGCGCUGCAGCACUUAUAACACUUGCACUGCAUUCCGGGCAAACUUUUGAUAUUAUCAACAAGAUAGAAUUUGCUGAAUUGUGUGCCGAAGUGGAGCGAUAUGUCGGUGUAGAGGGUGGCGGUAUGGAUCAAGCAAUUGAAGUUUUGGCUAGUGAAGGUUCUGCGAUGCUCAUUAACUUUAAUCCGCUCACAUUUUUACCAGUUACACUUCCCGAAAAUGCUCUUUUUGCUGUGAUUCAUUCCGGAGAAGCGCUUAAUAAAGCAGCUUCUUCUCAAUACAAUGAACGUGUUGUGGAGUGUCGUCUAGCAGCACAGAUUAUAGCAAAAAUCUCUGAAUUAAAAAACUGGGAAGAAAUCCGGACAUUAAGUGAAGUUGCACAACGGUUGCGAAAGACUGCUCAGGAAAUGAUUGCUGUAGUCGAGGAAGUGUUGCCCAAUCGUGUUUACACCAAGGAUAAUGCACUCAGCUUAUUAGAUAUAUCGAAUGAAAUUUUUAACGAAACAAUCCUUUCGGCCAACACUCAAUAUAUGAAAAUAUUUAAAUUGGCACAAAGAGCAAAACAUGUCUACAUGGAAGCUGAUCGAGUUCGUUUAUUUCAUGAAGCAUGUAAAAGUGGUAAUGUGAAAGAGAUGGGGAAAUUGAUGAACGAUAGCCAUUAUAGUUGUAAGGAACUAUUCGAGUGUUCCUGUGAUAAACUAGAUGAAGUGGUUGAAAACUGUUUGCAAAAUGGUGCAUUGGGUGCACGACUUACAGGAGCUGGUUGGGGUGGCUGUGCUGUUGCUAUUUUUGACACCAAACAACCAGAUAUGGAAGUAUUAUUUUGGAGUCGACCUGCUGGCGGUAUUCAGUUAAUCAAAUGCUAA